AUGGCAGUGGGCUUCAUUCCCACAAUUCCCGGCCAAUACCACACCUGCACUAUGUCCUUCACGGAAACGCAAGCCCGCUCAAAACUUGAGGAUGCCGUCAACGACUACAUCAAGAAGCUGAACAAUGGAGAGUGGGAGGCCCUCGAAGAGUUCUACCACCCCCAGGGGGUCAUGAUCGAGACGGGCAAGAGCUGCCUCUGGGGCAGGAAAGACAUCGGCAAGUCGUUGAUGAACAUGGCCACCGAGUGCGGCAAGACCACGAUGACGAUCAGCAACGGCCACUACGAGGGCGUCGGCAACUACGUGAUUUUCGAGACCGACUUCUGCUUCCAUACCGAGAAGGCGGGAGAUUUGAAGGGGCAUUACGUUCAGAUCUGGCGCCUCUACGUCGGCCGCUAUGUCAUCUACCACGACGAAUAUGCUCUUCUG